UGUUUUUAAAAAAUAUUUGUUUAAUUUCAAACUUACAUUUUGCCGUUCAUACCUUUUUCUAUUGGGGAUUUUAAUUAGCAUAAAAAUUGGUCGUAGGUUCUGAGGUGAGGGGAUUGUCAUGAGACAAUUUCAUACGACAAGUUGGGCUGUACCCAACCCGCUGUGGGGCCGUACCCAUUUUUUAAAACUGACCCUUGUAUUUAUUAAAAUUCAGCUGUUAACAAUGUAAAAAAAAUUUUUGGAACAGUAUUAUAUUAAAUGAAAUUAGCUGCAACAAUAAUUCGACUUAAAAUUGGAGAUGAAAUUGAUGUCCGUGCAAACAGUCCUUCAAACGACAACAACAACGAAUUGCCUGAUCCAUCAAAUAUUUACACUUAUAUGUUGGGUAGAUUUGCUAGAAUAACUGGACUUGAACAUGAUAAUUUGUGUAAAUAUUUUGAAUUUAGCAGGUGUUUAACAAUACCCAACGGAUAUGCACUUCUUUCUGAACAUUAUUCUGACCCUUAUUUUCGAGAUGAUGGAUUUUUAAAUAACAAAUUAGGUAAUCAAAAUUUACAAUCGGUUUUUUCUGUGUCAAUUCAAGUUUGUUCAGCUUUGGAAUUUUGUCAUAAAAAUUGUUUUGCAAUUGGAUCCUUAAGUUUAGAUAAAUUAUAUGUUGUGCCCAAAAAGGAGAAUGAGAAAAUUCAUGUAAAACUCUCUCAAUUUGGCCUUUGUUUUAUUUCUGGAAUUUAUUACCACAAACUUCUAUCUUCCAAUGAAUUUCCUUUGUAUUUGGCGCCUGAACUUUUGUUAAAUUUACUUCCACAAGGAUUAGACCAUUCAAAUUAUUUUUGUGUGGAUAUUUGGUCUUUUGGAAUUUUAUUGAUUGAAUUAUUUACUGGAUGGAGAUUUUCUGAAGUUUUUUCUCGACGGCAAAUUUCCGACGUUUUAGCAACUUUACUUGUUAAAGAAAAUGAAGGCUCUAUUCUUCCUCAACUUCUAAACAAAAUAAAAAAUGUUUGCCCAGCAUUUGCCAAAAGACAAAAUUCUUUAAAUUCAGUUUAUCAAAUUAUUCUAAAUUGUUUAAAUAUUCAACCUUCUAAAAGGCCAAAUUCUACAAAUUUAUUGAAAAUGCUUAAAAAGGCCGCAAUUGACGCUAAUAUUGGUGAAAUUGAUGGGAAUGACAAUAAAAGUAGUUUUAUUGAUUUGGAUGAGGAAAUUGACCAAAUUAAAGAACGUAUAAAAAAUGAAAAUCAAUUUGAGAGGUUUGGUUUUAGUCAAAAAGUAUUAAAUGAACUUUUCUUUCUUUGGAAAUUGUGUGGAAGCAGUUUUGAAACAAUAUUAUUACGUAAAGGAUUAAUUAAAACCCAACCACCUAUUUUGACUUUACCAAGUCUUAUUAUUGAAAACUUUCAUAUGUUUGGUAUAAAUGAGACCGAUAGGAGUAUUUUGCCCCGUUUAAACGAUUUAAACUACUCAAAACGUUUUAUUACAUUAGAAUUUAAAAGAGAACAAGAAGAAAUUAGCAAUGGAGGAAAUACAACAUUUGAUUCUAAAAGUUUUAGAGAAGACGAAGAAACUUGUGUAAUACAAUCAUUACUUGUUAAAGAGAGGGAUAUUGAAUAUCAGUACCAAAGAAUGCGUUUAUUUCGCCAUUUGCUUGCUGCUUGGCCUAGCAAAUCAGAAUUAUUGCGUGCUGAGAGUUGUCACGACAUCCCUCCCGUUUAUCGUGGCGCUGUUUGGGCUGCAAUUCUGGGUGUUUUGCCUUUUAAUAAAAACGGAGAGAAUUUUGAUGAUCAUUUAUGGCAGAGUUUUUAUUCUUUGGACACUUUUUCUGAACAUAUAUCUGACAGACAACUUCAAGUUGAUAUUCCUCGAUGUCAUCAAUAUGACGAAUUGAUGUCGUCUCCACUAGCCCAUCACCAAUUAAAAAUACUCCUUAAAGCUUUACUUGUGAGUAGAAAAGAUGAAUUUGUUUAUUGGCAAGGAUUGGACUCUUUAAGCGCUCCUUUUUUAAUUUUACAUUUUAAUGAUUUAUGUAAGGUUUUUUUCAUUUUUAUAAAAUUUCUUUUUUAA